UCUCCCACGGGUUAACCACCAUAGUCCGCAACUCGGCACCACUGCACACCAAAGGUGUAUCACCGGUCUGGACUUCCACAUAGCCAGGAGAACUUGCCGAUCUCCUUUGGAAAGCAUUUAAAGAAAAGACAACGUCCAUACAUUUGUAAGCAAACUUCCUGUUAAGGAAGUAGCAGGCAAUGGCUCAAGUAUUUGAAGACCUGGCACCCAACUGGAAGACCCAGGUGCAGUUCCUGGCUCCUGACUUCCGCCUGGCUGAGGCCUGUCUGUGGGCAUGGGGGAAUUUAGCAUGUGAGCCUGCACAUAUGGAAUCACUCGGCAUUCUUGAGCCUUCCAUUUGCAGUAAGAGUUUUGAUCCAUAGCAGGUCAAGCACUCCUGCAGCUGGGAAGGCCUGGGUGUGGAGAAAGCCCAAGACAAGGCCAGGAGCAUGGAAUCAAAAGCUAGAAAACUCAGCAUGCUAACAGACCUAAAAGAAGAGUCGUGUUCCAUGACUUCAUUUCACCCCAGGGGACUGCCUGCCGCCCAGGCCCGGAAGUUCAAGAGUAAAAGGCCACGCAGUAAUAGUGAUUCUUUUCAGGAAGAGGAUCUGAGGCAGAGUUUUCUGUGGCAGAGAAAGAGCUUCCCUUUUGGGACAGCCUCAUCCUACUUGAACUUGGAGAAGCUGGGUGAAGGCUCUUACGCUACAGUUUACAAGGGGAUUAGCAGGAUCAAUGGGCACCUGGUGGCUUUGAAAGUCAUCAGCAUGAACACCGAGGAAGGAGUCCCUUUCACUGCCAUCAGGGAAGCUUCUCUCUUGAAGGGUUUGAAACAUGCCAAUAUUGUGCUUCUGCAUGACAUCAUUCACACCAGAGAGAGCCUGACAUUUGUUUUUGAGUACAUGCACACAGAUCUGGCCCAGUACAUGUGUCAGCACCCAGGAGGGCUUCAUCCUCACAAUGUCAGGCUUUUCAUGUUUCAACUUCUACGGGGCCUGGCAUAUAUCCACCAGCAACACGUUCUGCACAGAGACCUGAAACCUCAGAACUUGCUCAUCAGUCACCUGGGAGAGCUCAAACUAGCUGAUUUUGGUCUUGCUCGCGCCAAGUCCAUUCCCAGCCAGACAUACUCUUCCGAAGUGGUGACUCUUUGGUACCGACCUCCAGACGCCCUGCUGGGUGCCACCGAGUAUUCCUCCGAGCUGGACAUAUGGGGUGCAGGAUGCAUCUUCAUUGAAAUGUUCCAGGGUGAACCUCUGUUCCCUGGGGUUUCCAGCAUCCUUGAACAACUGGAAAAGAUCUGGGAGGUGUUGGGAGUCCCUACAGAAGAUACCUGGCCCGGAGUCUCCAAGCUACCUAACUACAACCCAGAAUGGUUCCCACCACUGAAACCUCAAAGCCUACAGACCAUCUGCGACAGGCUGGGCAAGGCGCCAGAAGCAGAAGACCUGGCCUCCCAAAUGCUCAAGGGAUUUCCCCGAGAUCGCGUCUCAGCCCAGGAAGCGCUUGCACACGAUUAUUUCAGUGUGCUGCCCUCCCAGCUGUAUCAGCUUCCUGAUGGGGAGUCUUUGUUUACAGUUUCAGGAGUGAGACUAAAGCCAGAAAUGUGUGACCUCUUGGUCUCCUACCAGAAAGGUCACCACCCAGCCGGGUUUAGCAAAUGCUGGUGAAAAGACAGGGCGAGGUCCUGAAGACCAUCCCAGGGCUACAUUCCUGCUAUUUCCAUUUUCCUUCACUUCUGCUUACUAAGAGGCUUUCAACUCUAACUCCAAUCUGGGCCAAAGGUUUUCUACAUCACCUGUGAUUAGGAAGAUUUUAACAGGACUUCAAGGCCAUGAUAAAUCAUACUUGAAGAAAAAAUAGCGGAAAGUUACCGUAUUGUCAUGUGCCUAGAAUUUACCAGUGACUGACUCAGAAGCAGAUACAGAUAGUGUUGAAAGGAGGACUUCUGAAUAAUUUCACCCAUUUUUGUCAUUUGAGAGAACGCUGGGCCAGAAGGUCCAUUUCCCAAGAGGCAGAUGGGAGACUAACCAUUGAGAGAAUCUAGAGCUGGCGCGGCCUUCCAGAGGCCUGUCAUUCCUGCAUUCACUUAGAAUUCCCCCAACAAAAGGACUGCUGUGGCAAGGAAGGGAUUAGGCCAAAGGUCAGAAAAGUCUCCAGGGAAGAUGGCUUCUUGGAUAAAGUUGUCAACAAAAGAAUUUGCUCAAGACUAUUUGUUGUGACUUCCUAGGGGGCGCUUCUCACUAACUGGAUUAUCAGAACCCAGACAUCAGUAGAUGGGAUUGAGCUGUCCCCUACCACUGGAUGGGAACUGUGGUGAUGGCAGAAGGGCUGAGGGCGGAAUAUGGUCAUUUGGUGGUGAACAGCCUGAACUAGUGGAGAACAAAGAGUUUCAGAGAUGUGACCCAAGCCCCCUGUUGCACCAUUGGCCACACCUGCACACACAUUAACACACAAGUAAAAGGAGAAAUUUGACGCAGCAAA